AUGAGCAGCGCACUUGCCCGCAAUCCACACGUCGAGUUGUUUCCCCUGAUAAACGCACCAGGUCAUGACAGAUUCGGGGAACACUCAUCACCCGAACAGAUAGUCAGAAUGAUUCCAUUUCCGUCUCAACUGAGUUCCUCCGAUUGUGAAAGAUUGCUCAAUGGGCUACUCUCGGAACAUGGACACCCAGAAACCGCUACCUAUUGCGGUUUCAAAGAGGGCAGAAAUAAUAGCCUUGUGGUAUUCACAUGCCAAGCAACUCCAUUUUAUGCACUCCUCAAGUACUGCAUACGGACCCCUCGAUAUAUUUCUUUUUCACAGAAACGCCAAUAUCCAAUUUAUCAGCCCGUCAAAUUCCUUGUAGCAUUGACACGUCAUUUUGGAGUUCAAGGAGUGGGUUUACCUAUCCCUAAUAUCCUUUUUUAUGACUCCGGUUUUGAGAACGCUAUUUCUUGUCCAUAUGUUGUCAUGCAAAUGAUAUCUGGGACCACACUAGAAAAGCUAUACCAAACCAUCCAACGAUCACCGGAUUUUUUCCCCUUUGUAUUGCAAUACUGCCAACUUGCGCGUGAAAUAGCAUAUUUCGUUGCUAAGAAGGAAAGUGUUAAAAUUCCAGGCUACGGCGUCCUUAGAAAUGUAACAGAUACGGAAAUAUGGAACAGAGAAGACCCAAAUGCUCGCUACGACCUUGCUGUGGACGAACUCAACAUAGCGGGUGCCGAAAUGCCAAAAUUCGGCUUUCGCAGCUUCAUCAGUAGGUUGGUGGGAAAAGAGUUGCAAAGACAUUUUGAUCUGCAGGCAAUGGGGCAGAGAUAUCAAGGCAUAAAACUCGGAAUUGUAUGGAUGGAAAUGUUUGUAAAACAUAUGUUCAGCGAUCAAGACUCGACACUUUGGCAUCCAGACUUUCAUCCAAGAAAUAUCUUGAUUGUUCGACAUGGGAAUCAUGUUCGUCUGUCAGGUGUUAUCGAUUGGGACAAUGCUUUGGCUCUACCGCGUAUCAUGACAAGAGAACCUCCUUCUUUUCUCUGGAACCAGCCCGGCGUUCUUACACAGCAAGAGGCUGAUGCGGUUAAACAAGCAUUUGAUGAGACGAUAGAGCAAUUGGUUCCUGGAUAUACAGAAGAUGCAUACUCGAGACCUCGAGUUCUCACUCGAGCUUUGGGCAUGUAUUUGUUAUAUGGCCCCCAAUGGAAGCAUUAUGGAGAAAUCUCCUUUGACGAAUUCCUACUGGAAUGUGAAAGAUUUUUUGGCCCUGAUUUGCAAUUCCCUAUUAUAUAA